AUGGGAGCCGAACAAACCCCUGCCACGACUCGCUUUCCCCUUGUUCCUCCGUCCUCGUUAUCCGCGGCCCAGAAGCCUGUUCACGACCAUGUCACUUCGGUCUCCAAAUUCGUCUUUGGAGAAAACCCACCCUUUGCCUGGGCUGACGAUGAAGGAGCCCUAAUCGGACCCUUUACCUCCAUGCUGUACGCACCAUCUACCGGCACCGAAUUCUUCGACCAUGCAAUCAAGGUUGGCACCGACAAACGCCUGCCUAUCCGCGUGAAGGAGCUUGCUAUUCUCGCGGUCGGGGGCCAUUUCGAGGCGGCCUACGAGAAUUAUGCUCACGCGCAGCUCGCGAAGCUCAUCGGGCUCAGCGACGAACAGGUGGCAGAUGCUCUGGCGGGACGAGAGCCUGUGGGUCUUGCCGAUGCAGAAAUUGCUGCAUAUCGGCUUGCGCUGGCCAUGGCGAACAGCAAGGGGCCCGUAAGUGAUGAGAUCUGGGGUCAAGUCAGAGAGCAUUUUGGGCAGGAAGAAAGUGCUGUCCUGGUGUUUCUGAUUAGCUCCUAUGCUUACAUCGCCAUGGUGUUGAAUGCUGGGGCUGUUCCAGCGGCGCUGCCGGCGAAGACCGCAACGGCAGCCGCUUAA